CAUCUUCUUCUGAUUCAUCUCCCAUCUUCUUCCUGCGCUGCUGAGAUGCUCAGUACUUCCUCGGGCAACGUAAUGUUGGGGCAACCUCCUUGUUCUCAGAAACUAACAAUAAAGGAUUCUCUAGCCUAUCUCAAGACAGUGAAGCAGAUCUUUCAGGAUCGAAGAGAAAAAUAUGCUGAGCUACUUGAAAUCACCAAGGAUUUCUACGCCGAAAGAAUUAACAUCACCAGUUACAUAUGGAGAGUGAAAGAAUUGAGUGAAGGGCACCCGGAACUCUUCUUGGGUUUCAUAAAGUUCUGGCCUGAAGAGUACAAGAUCACCUUUAAUGAAGAGCCUCCAGAGGACAAGAUCGCAAUAAAUUUUGUAGAUAAAAUAAAGGCUCGGUUCGAAAAUGAUGAGCAAGUUUAUAAAUCGUUCUUAGAAAUUCUAACUAUGUAUAGAAAGGAGGUCAAGACCAUUCAUGAGGUCUAUCAAGAGGUAGCCUUGCUUUUUCGGGAACACCAUGAUUUGCUCGAGGAAUUCACACAUUUCCUGCCUGAUGCCACUGGAAUGGCUCCUUUGCCACAUGCUCUGCCUGCAAGAAACUCAUCUGGAAAUUUCUUGCGAUCUGCGGAUGAGAGGAGCUUGCUAAUGCCCAUGGUGCCGCAAGUGCAUGGAGAGAAGAAUGAGAGAUCUGUGAUUCGCCAUACUGGUUGCGAUCUCAGCAUUGCCCAUCCUGAAUCAGAUGAUAAAAGAACGACGAAAGUUGAUAAGAAGCGGAGAAAACGCAAGCGGAAUGAUAAAGAUUUGGAGCAUGACAGCAACACGGAGUCAGAUAAUGGGCAGCGCCUCUCUCACAAACAGAAAUAUGCUCAGACUCAGGGGGGUCAUGCCUUUGACCACGAUGCUGAGCUGUUGCACCAAGUUGGGGAAGGAGCUAAAAACUUUGUAGUACAUCCUAUUUUAGAAUUUCCUUCGAAGGAAGGACAUCUGGCUGGACAAAUGAAGUCUGAUGAAAGGGAUAAAGAAAAGGAACAUGAAAGAGUUGAUAGGGAGAAGGAUAGAGGCCAUGAAAGGGAGAGAGAGAAAAACCAAGACUGCUUCGACAAAAAUGGUCCUAAAGAUGUUGCACGUCCCAAGGUUCCUGUGCUCCUAAACAAAGAAAAACAUGUGACCGCACCUAUCUCGGGGCUCGACCUUUUGAAGAAUUGUCGAAUGCCCCCUGCAAGCCAACAGACAGAACAAGAGGCAUCUGUACUGAAGAGAGAGAAAGAGGGGGAGCGGUUUAACAAUAAUGGUGCUAAUGAUAUUGCACUUCCCAAUGUUCCCGUGCUCCUUAAUGAAGACAGAUGUAUGGCCAAACCAAUCUCGGAGCCUAACCUCUCUAACUGUCAGAGCUGUACCCCUAGUUACCGUUAUCAUCCAGAGAAAUAUCAAAUGUCUAGAGCAAGCGAGCGAACAGAACUUGACGCAUCUAUACUGAAUGAUGAUUGGGUAUCAGUGGGAUCCUACCCUUCUGAAUCCAACUACAAAAACCAAUAUGAAGAAAGUCAGUUUAAAUGUGAAGAUGUUAGGUUCAAGUUCGACAUGUUGUUAGAGUCAGCCAAUCUAGCUGUCAGGUGCGUUGAACAAUUGUUAGAAAAGAUAAAUGAUAGUACAAUCAAGCCAGGCAGCCAAAUCCACAUCAAGGACCACUUCACUGGUCUAAGUCUAAGUUGCAUUGUAAAAUUAUAUGAUGAUUCUGGGCUGGAUAUGUUGAACUUACUACGGAAUAAUGCAAGUGCUGCAUUGCCUGUUAUAUUAGCUCGCUUGAAGCAGAAACGGGAGGAAUGGCUAAAAUGUCGUUCAGAUUUUAGUAAGGCUUGGGCUGAAGUUUAUGCUAAGAGCCAUCCCAAUCGCUCAACAGUGUAGCUUCCAUGUCAAGCAACAGGAUAUAAUGAGCUUGAGCACUAAAGUGCUAUCAGAAUGAGGACUCGACUGAUCAUCUCUUCAUCUAUUGUUCACUUGCAAGAAAAGAGUAGGACUUCUUUAUCUUGUUUGGUAUUGAAUGGGUUUUGCUGGGGUCCAUUGAGUCUCUAUUCUUGUCUUGGCACGGUGGAGGCAAAGGAAAGAUAGGGAAGAAAGCUUGACGUCUCUGUUUACUAGCUGGAAUCUGGUUUCUAUGGUUGGAAAGAUAUAAUCGCUGCUUCAGGAAUCGGAAAGGAUAAAUAUUGGAAGUUUUCAAUUUGGCCAAACUGCACCUUAGGGAAUGGGCAAUUGCAUCAAAGGCUAUUGCUUUAGCUCA